AUGUCUGCAACUCCUGCAUCCACUUCUGGCACUCUGAAUGCUGGAAGCCAUUACCGACCCCUGAAGCUGAGCCUUGGAACUAUUUCCUGCACAUUGGCAAUGGCUGGAUCGCGCGUCCAUGCAUGCAUCUCUCAAUAUCAGACGGAAGCUGCCAACAAUGGUGUAUCUUCUGACUGGAUCAAGUAUUUUAAAGCUGGGCUGCAAUGGGAGAUGAAUACUUUUGUCACACCACUCCUACAGUACUCCGCUUCACAGAAUAUCAUUGAAGGUACAACAAUUCAGAUGCUUAAUGUUGAGGAUGAUGCUUUGGUUCUUCCAGAGAAGUUGAAAAACACUUCGACUCCACCACUUAUGGGACUGAGGUUCAUUAAAGAACACAUGGAAGCAUUGAUGGAGGAGCAAGAUCAGGGCAUCAAAGCCAAGAUGGGAGAGGUGAAGAUGUACACUGACAUGUUAGAGAAAUUGAGGAAAGGCAAAGGAGUGUAG